AUGACCGGGCCGUAUAACAAGGACCCAGCAGUGAAUGGCCUGGAGAUAAUCAGGUGCGCCAAGUCCACUGCCUGCACCUCGGUCGGAGACCCAGCCGAGUCUCACUCCAAGUCCACUGUCUGCUCCUCGGUUGGAGGCUCGGCCGAGUCCAGUGCGUGCUCCUCGGUCAGGGGUCCGGCCGAGGUCGUUUGUUGCCAGAGACCCUUCAUCGGCUCUCAGACCACCAGCUCCCGGCAAAACUCCGUCGGUGGUCCGGCCAAGAACCUUGAGGGUUUCCCAGCCAGUGGUCUGGUCGCCAGUGGGUCUCCGUCCACGCCCUCGCCACCGGUUGCCAGUGGGUCUCAGUCCACGCCUUCGCCACCGGCCUCCAGUUGGUCUGAGCCCGCACCCUCGCCUUCGCCUUCGUUACCAGCCUCCAGCGGGUUCCAGCCCUCGCCUACGCCUGUGGUCCCCAGUCACCAGCCUCCAGCGCCUACGUCUUCGCCUUCGUCACCAACCUCCAGCGAGUUCCAGGCAGCACCCACGCCUUCGCCACCGGUCUUCAGUGGGUCUCAGCCCACGCCUUCGCCACCGGUCUUCAGUGGGUCUCAGCCCAUGCCUUCGCCACCGGUCUUCAGUGGGUCUCAGCCCACGCCUUCGUCGACAGCCUCCAGGGGGUUCCAGCCCGCACCUUCGCCUUCGCUUUCGUUACCAGCCUCCAGGGGGUUCCAGCCCACACCUACGCCUUCACCACCAGCCUCCAGGGGGUUCCAGCCUGCACCUUCGCCUUCGCCGUCGUCGCCGUCCUCCGGCGAGUUCCAGGCCGCGUCUAUGCCUUCGUCGCCACCCUCCGGCGAGUUCCAGAUGUACCUGAUCAAUGUGUGGAUCACUUUGAAUCCAGUGAUCUGA